AUGCCUCGUCAAUCCCGUGGUCCAGCUGCAGCGCCAAGGCGCCCUGUCGCCGCUCCUCAGCGACCAGCUCCACCACAACCCGCUCAGGCCCGUCAAGCAUCUACCGUUUCCCAUGCUCCACAAGGCCAGCAAGCACACCCACCGACUGCUCCGCCCCAGGCGCCGGCACAGAGCCAAGGACCUGGACUGUUUGGUCAGAUGGCGAGUACAGCUGCGUAAGUCCAUCUCCAGCCCUUCCAAACUUGCCGCCUUCACUGACAUAUAUUGGGUGUACAGUGGCGUAGCAGUCGGCUCCUCCAUCGGCCACGCAAUCGGCGGCUUCUUCGGCGGUGGCUCCUCCGCUCCAGCACAAGCAGAAGCCGCUCCCGUCGACCAGUCUCAGUACGGCGCUCAAGCACAGCAACAGGUGAACCAGGCCCCCGCAGUCUGCGCCAACGAAGUCACAGGUUUCAAGCGUUGCAUGGACGACAACCAGGGCAAUUUGACAAUUUGUGGAUGGUACCUGGAUCAGCUCAAGGCUUGCCAGAGCGCGGCAAGUCAGUACUAG